AGGGAGGUGAGGGCAGACCCGCGUGCUCAAGUGUCUUAUAUGUGACCUGGGUUAAAUGUCUUGACUAGGAGAGGCUAAUAGAGAUGGAUGGAUAUUGGGGGUCCGUCCAUCCAGGCCAUCCGGGCUCAACUGGCUCGGGCAGGGUAGCAUCGUGAGGAGCAUGCGCAGGGACAAGGGCAUAGUCGUGGACACGGGCAAGGGUGUGAGUGGUGGUGCCGAGUCCGAACCCAAGGCCGACGCCUCCGUCGUCGGAUGGAUGCCGGCGUCUGUCUCUGGCUUGUUGCCUGUGGCUCUGUCUCUGGCCGUGUCUCUCUGUCUCUCGGACGAAGCGCCACUGAUGGCGGUGGAGCCAUCCAUGAUCGACGCAGCGGAACGAGCGAGCAAGGGACAGAACAGACGUGCAGGGGCGUCCAGGGGAACCCGCCAUUACCAUUGGCCGCGGCGGUGCAUUGCGUUUCAACCGGGGGCGUUGGGCAUCGGAUGGAUUGGGGCGGACUCGGUGGAGUGCGUUUGGAGUGUGUGAGGUUGAGAGUGGAGGAGCGCUUGACCAGGCAGGUGGUGGUGAUGGCACUCUGGCUGGGAUGGUGGCCAGCUGUGCCACUGAGGUUGCAGCAGAUGCGAACCGACGGCGUGUCUGUCACCAGAAUCGGCAGACGCAGAGCGCAAUUCGACAAGAGAUGAAAAGGAGAACAAUGUGAGAACGACGAGGGAAAUCACGAGGGCACAGACAAUCACCACUUUUCCAUCUCGAAGC